UUCUAAGCCAAAGCACAGUGAACACCGAUACCAAAAGCUCUUCUCUCUCUACAGUUUCAUCGCCUGCGAUUUCUACCAGUAUGAGAGAUGGAUUUUCGCGGUAUGAAGAGGAAACAACUACAAGCGCUGUGCAAGCAGCAUGGUGUUCCAGCGAAUUCGACGAAUCUUGAGAUGGCUGAUAGGCUCUCCUUGUUUUUUAAGGAAAAGGAAAAACCAGUGACGCAAGGUCGGUCUUGCUUGAAGAAUCUGGAUGGGAUAGAUAGCCUAACUGAUUCUAAUGCUGUCACCUGCGAUCCCAAGAGAGUUAGGUUUAGUCCUGAAAAUGAGACGUUUGAAUUUGAGGAUUCUGAGAUAGACAGGGAAAACACCCCAGCAAGAACAAGGGCGGCAAGGGCAGCAAGGAGGUCUAGGGUGAGACUGGCUAAAGAGAAAGUGAGUCCUGUUGGUGCAAAUGCUGGAAAUAGUGAGUCCUGUGAGGAAACUAGAGGUACUCUGAACAGAAUCACGAGGCACCAAGGACAAAAAGUCAUAGAGGGGCAUGCAGUGAAGGCUUCAUCACCUCUUGUUAAGGAAAAGGGGGCGAAAAAAGGCACAAAGAUCAAAAGUACAGUUUCAGAAAUUGUUGAUAAAAGUGCUAAGUUAUCCCCAGUAUUAGAAAUGGAUGCCAAUGCACGUGGUAAAGAAAAUGGAAGACUGAUAAGAAGGCAAUUGAGGAGUAGGGAGGUGGUAGUUGAAAAUGCCAGUGAACUAGGGAAUGAAGAUUCUAUCAUUCCAAAGAAGAAUCCAGUGCAGACAAGAUCAAAGAAGAGGAAUCCGAAAGAUGGUAAUGAGGUUCUUACCACAGAUGAAAUUUCUGAAGACAUUAUUAGUGCAGGAGAAGGUGAAAAAAUUGAAACUGGAAAGGUCUUUAGGCAAUCUAAACGGAAGGCAAUAGAAGAUGGCGAGUGUGAACUGUUUGGUGGGGAAUUGGGGAAAAGGAAAAUGGUUGGAAGGAUCACAAGGUUCCGGGCCCAGUUGGUGGGGCGAGAAGCAUCUGCUGUUGAAGGUGAAAAUGAGACUGGAGAUGAAUCUGAAGUCCAGGUUUCAAAAGACUCUGAAGCUGUUCUUCAACUCGAAGAGCCUGCUAAAUUUUUAGGUAGAAACACUUCGAGGCAGAAAUCUGCAAUUUCUCAAUCAGAUCCAUCUGUGAGAACAGAGACCAGAAAACAAUGGAAGGGCACAAGAUUGGAAGGAGGAGCCUCUGAGACUGAAGUGAGUAUGAAAGAGAAGGAAAAGGUUUCUCUACCUAAUGGCCCUCUAAGGAGGUCCAGACGCAACACUUUAGCAUUUAAGUCUACUGUUUCUCCUGAUGGAGGGUUGGUAACUCAUGAAGCUGUUGGAAGGAAUCAGUUAUUGAAGCACUUGGGAGAACCAAUUACAGAAAAAGAAGCCUCUAAACCUGAGCCAACUGCUGAAAUUUUGAAAGAAAAUGAGAAGGUUUCUCUACACAAUGGCCGUCUGAGGAGAUCCAGACGCAACACUUCAACAUUUAAGUCUAGUGCCCCUGCUGCUGAUGGAAAUUUGGUGACUGACGAAACUGUUGGAAGGAAUGAGCAGUCAAAGUGCUUGAGAGAAUCAACUCCAGAAAAAGAAGCUUCUGUAACUGAAGCACCUUUGAGAAGGUCCAAGCGGAAUGCUUCUAGGCAUGAUUCAAUAUCUGCAUCCACAGGAAUGGAUGGCAUUCCUAAUGCCAUUGGAAAGAAUAAGCCACAGAAGAGAAGUCUGCAGCCAAUUCUCGAAGAAGAAACUUCUGUGAUUGAGAAGGAGCCUCUAAUUGAAGAACUUCCAAGACAAUCUAAAUAUAAUGCUUCCAAAUGUAAUAUAGUUGGACCUGCUAGAGUAGCUGGUGAAGUUAAGGGAAAGAAGAAGCAGCGGAGGAGAUCAAAAUUUCCAAGCUCUAAAGGGGAAGCUCCAUUAACUGAGAGCAUGUUGGAUAUUGAAGAAACACCAGGCAUAGAUGUUGAAUUGUCAGAGCCAGAAGCUGCAGGAAGCAAAAGUUCAGUUUUGAUCCGCCAAGAAGGAACUCCUAAAGAUAAAGAUACUAGAAAGAAGAGGAAGAGCUCCAGGAAGAUAUCUAGUGCAAAGAAGCAGCAACAUGGGUCGGUGGAGGUUUGCCCUGUAAUUUCUGACUUAGAGGAAGUUGAGGAUCGCACGACAGUGAAUUUCAAGGAUAUUCCAUCCCAAUCUGCAGCUGCCAUAGAGGAGGAUAUUGUUGAGUAUCUCACAACAGUGAACUUGGAGGACAUUCCAUCUCAAUCUGCAGUUUCUGUAGAAGAGGAUAUUUCAAUGGAAAAUGAUAAGGAAAAUUUGGUUCAAGAUAAAGUUAAUGAAGGUAACAAGGUUGAUAAAGAAUCUCAGUUCCACAACAUGAGAAGUGAUCUUGAUUAUGAUAAUUCAGUUGAACCACAAGGAAAUCAAUAUUCAAGUAAAGUUAGCAAGGAACUCGUCUCUCCAGUCUUUGACUUCUCAUCUGUCCAGCAAUCAGAUUACACUGGAUCAUCUGCUAAUCAUGUGAAGUUGCAGAGAGAACUGGAAACUGAAGAAGAGCUAUCUGCAGGCAAGCAUAUAGAUCCAGCAAGCAAUAUUUUUGUUGAUCUUGCAGCUGAAGAUGACAAAACUUCAGUUGAAAAGGAGCAGAAGUUAGGACUAGAAGAGAUGAAUGGUUGUGCUGAACCAGUCAUGCAUGAGUUAGAGGAGAAUGUAACUGAAUCUAAUGAAAGUGGCAGCUCAAAAAGGAACUUCGAAACUUUCAGUGAGGAAUCUGGAGAUAUUGCUUUGCUUAACCCCUCCAAUGGAGAACGGGCCACUCCAAAUAUAUCAGGGAGGAGAGAUAUUGAUGAUGCUGAAGAUCCUGAGGCUGCUGUUGAAUUUCCAGAAAAUGCUGUAGCUUCCCCUGUGGCAGAAAUUGUUGCAGAAAAGGUUACAGAAAUCCAGCUUGCCUCAAGUGGUCAAUGGUCUACAGAGGAGACUCCUCUAAAGAUUGUUAUCACACCAGAAUGUCAAAAUGACAAAGUGGUUGGUUCUUGUUUGCACACUGUCUCAGCAGAUGAUGGUUCUCAAGAAGAAGGGUAUCAACUCAAUGCUCAACUUGCUGCACAGUCCCCUGUGCUUGGAAGAAGCAAUCCAAAUCAUGGUGAAGGAGAAAAAUCUUAUAGUUAUGGGAAUGUUAUCAUGGAUGGAACAAUGUGCGGAGGUGAAUUGUCUGUUAGUGAUGCCAGGGAGCGAAGAGAGCAUCCUGUUUUAGACGAGUUAGAUGGUCAAAUUUCCGAGAAGAAGGAAAGUGUAAUGUCAAAGGGAAUCACAAGCGUUUCUAAGGAAAUAAAAGAGACAGAUGUUUCCCACUUGGAUUUUCUAUUUGGAACAGCUUCUGGUAUUGUUGAAAGAAGUUUGCCAUCUUGUGAGCACACUCACUUGAAAGACAAAGGUGAAGAGGACCAAGAUCCUAUGGAGCAAGAUGAAGAGUCUACGCAUGUAACUGAAAUGGCGAGCACAACAAUAUCUGCAGGCAAAACUUCCAGUAAUAAUUUGGGAUCUGGAAGGUUCCAUCAUGAGAAGUAUCAAGAAGAUGCAGGAGUAGGGGAAAGUGAUCAUGAGGGAAUAUCUAAUAUGGGCAAUCAAUCACUAGAUGUUAAUGAAGAUAUUUAUAAUGAGGCUUCCAAAGGGAACUUGGAAGUGGAAUUUACAGGACUGGAUGGCUGUGCCUAUCCCUUUCCAAACAAGUUCUCUAAAGAUGAUCAUGCUACAGUUGACAAUGAAAGUGGAGGCUCACAUGUUUACUCCAGAAAUGCUUCAGGAGAGGGCAGAGGUACAAAUGUGGUUGAACUUUCAGUUGGUGAAGGAAUGCCUCCAGGUGACUCAAUUAUGGAUAAAACUGGAAAUGCUUCUGGGGAGGUUGAAGGGACAAAUGUGGAUGAACCAUCUUUUGAAGGAAUCACUCCAGCUAUCUUAGAAGAGAGAGUUAUUGCUGAAACCAGAGAUUUUGAAGAGGCUGAUAAGCUACUUGAAUUUAAUGCAGAAUCCCAUGUAACACCUGGAAGCACUGCUGGAGAUAUGGAGAAAGAAAUCUAUUUUGCCGAAAUUACUCAAUGUUCUGGUGGAAGUGGAUUUGAUCUUCCUCUCUCACAUGUCUAUGCCCUCGAGCACCAAGCCUCUGGUAACGUCCACAAAGAAAUGUCUUUGAGCACACAGAGUCCUCACGUCCAAAAACAAGAAGGGAAUCAACUUGAAACAUUCUGUGUCAAUGAGGUUUUGAGCCAACAAACUAGUGGGGUUAAAAGUUUCACUCUGGAGGCACUUGCAAUGAGUAGUCCACCGUUGUUUUUAGAGAAGCUGUAUGGUCAUGAAGAGGAGGAUUCAGAGAUGAACUGUAAUGCUAAUACUGUUGUAGAUGAGCCUUUUAGCAAACAUAGUGUAGUAACUCUUGAUGGGAUUGAUGGCAAAGGCAUUGAAGAACACAUGUGUGUGACUAGUAGCAAUCUUGUCACAAAGAAAGAAAGUGCAGAGGUUUUGCCUGAAAUUGAGGUUGGUAAUGUUCAUGAUGAUCACCAUGUGGUGGUUGAACAAAUGAAUUACAAUGUUGAUGCAAGUUCGGCAGAGAGAAAUUGUAAAGAUAACAAGAUGUCUGAUGAAGCCAUUGCAGGGUUUUCUAGUGUUGGGUAUGUCACUCUUGUUCCUGGGGAGAAAAUUUCUGAGUUUGAGCCAGGAACUGAGCUUGGUGACAGCCAGGAGGUGACUGCACAGGCAAAUAUCAUCUUUGAUGCAAGUUUGGAUGAGAUCAUUUGUAAAGAAAGUGAAGCACUGGAGAAGACAACAGCUGGAAUUAAGAAAAGCACUUUGGAAGGCAUUGAGGAAAUCACUAUGCUGGAGGAAGAAAAUGGAGAGAUUUCAGCACCAAUUACUCAAACAAAGCUUGAUAGGGAGGUCUUAGAUCAAGGAGUUGAAUUUAUAAAGAUUAAUGACAGUGCUCAGGUUACUUUGGUUGAGACUGUACAUGAAAAUGAUGAAGUUCCAGAAGAGAUUUUAGAUGAAGUUACCAGUGAAAAAACGAUUUUGCUCCCUAUGGAAGCAGAUUUUGACUGUAAUGAAAUGAAGGAUGUUGUGGGGGUAAAGAAUGAAAUCUCACUGCAACGUGAUGAAUUGAAGUCUAUUGAUCUUGAUAUUCAUGAUGCAAAGGAUAAAAGCAUCUUCAUCAAUUCAGACCAAUGUAGCUCUGCAGAUAGAGAAACUAUAGAUGAAAGAGAACAUUCAAGAAUCUUGGAAUGCAAAUUCAAUUUUGAAGGUAAUUGUUCUGAUACAAAGCACACAGAUGUUGGUGCUUCACCACUGAUCAGUCUAAAAGAUUUUGAUGAUCAGAUAGAGUACGAGGAAGUUGCACACAUGCAUGAUAGUGAUCAUUGUCUUUCAUUGGAUCUUUUGAGCAACAACAGUAGAAUUGCAGCAACGAAAACGCAUAAAACCAUUGCAGAAUCGGUUAUGCUGGAGGCAGAAAAUGGAGAGGCUUUUACCCCGUUUGGUUCAGAGGGGCUUGGUCAGGAGGUUUCAGAUCAUGGAGUUGAAUUUCCAAAUUCUGCAGCUUCAGACGUGAGUCAAGCUGUACAUGAAGCUGAUGAAAAUCUGGAUACAAAAUCAGAUGGGGGUGUAGAGAUGAUUUGGAAAGGGGAUGAAGUGAAGUUUGGUGAGCUUGAUGAUUCUAGAGAAGAGGUUCUCCCAGAGACUGACAAGAGUUCUCUAAUUGUUCCACAUGAACUCACUUCCACAGAUGGUGAAGCUGUGAAUGGAACCAUGAAAGAGAAUAGUCACUUUGAGGAUGUCAAUUUUGAUUCCAUGAAGGAAGAAGAUGUUAGCAAUUCACCUAAAGUAACUGCUGGGAAUUGUGAUGAUCUCUUGGAAGAGGAGUCUGCAGAUGUGAAACACAAUGGUCGUGAUGUUCAGAUAGAUCUUAACUGCAGAGACAUUGGAGGUGCAGCAGACCUAGUUGUUGAAGAUGGCAUGGUUUGUGAAAUUGGUUCUGAUGAUAGGAAUGGUGACAAUAUGUGGGUUCAGAAAGCACAGACUUUGCCAUGUAAAGUUGAUGAUGGUAAUAUAUCUUCUUCCAAGCCUGAAGGGGAUUCAAUUAGUGCCAGUGUCUCACUGCUGAAUGUUUCAUCAUGUCAAGCAGGUGAAUAUGAAUCUCAUGUAAAAUGUGCAGGAAGCAGUAGCAAUACAGAAAUCAAUGAUACCAAUGAGGCUGCAGUUUGCUCUCAUGCACCGGUUGAUUUUUAUGAGGAUAAAGGUGAUACUCUUAACUUUGUGGGUAAAUCCUCAGAAGAUAUUAAUAUUACAAAGGAGAGAGGCAUAGCAGAUGAGAGCAGUGCUGGGAAGGCUGAGGAAGUACGUGGUUCAUCACAUAAGUUUGAUGAUGAGAUGGUCUCUUCUGGUGAUUCUAAGGAGCCUCCAAAAUUUGAAAAGUUUGUCGAGGUUUCUUUAUUGGAAGCUGAAAAGGUGGACUGUUGCUCUGUUGUUUCACCAGUCAAUGAUUCUGUUGAUCAUGCAGAAGUUGCUUCAAGGAAGCACUUGACAAGAUUAGAAGAUACCACUGAUGAUUCCUCUCUGACCCAUCAGAUUGGUGUGAAUUCCAGUCUUGCCUCAUCGGAGACAGCAUCCUAUGAGUUCACUGACUGGGAAAUAGAUUUAUUUUCUCAUAAUCAUUUCAGUAUGGAAGCAGUUUCUGGAACGAGUUUAAGGAUUAUAGAUCAAUUCCCUGCAGUCACUGAUUCAGUUCUGUAUAAAGCCUUUGCAGCCAAAGAUGUCCGCACUGAGAAUCUGAAGUUGGAAACAGUUCAGAAGAAAAGUUUAGAUGUAGAAGUGGAAGAAAUCAACCAUUUAUCAUCUCAGCAAUUCAAUUCUUCUAUGAAAAUGAAAAAUAACUUGAAAAGCAGCAUGACCCAGAGAACUCCCAACAAGUUCUUCAAGGCAUUCGAUAUGAAAGAGAACAGCCCAAGCAUCAAGAUGGAGCAGAUGGGUAAUUUCUCAGCAAUGAAAUCAGGGACAAGGAGGAAAGCCUUGGAGGACCUUCAAAAAACUAGAGAGCGGAACAGCACUGCUCGCUGACCUUUUUUCAAGGAUUGGAUAUUGUAAAUAUGGGGCCCCAAAAGAGUGGCCCCUCAGUUGACGACCCUGAGCAUACCUCAUGCAAACAUUUGUGGAUGAAAACCCCACUAGUGGGUUAUUGUUAAAUGAGUACUUUGUUGUGUCUCCUUUAUUGUAUUUGUAGCAAAUGAAACUCCAGAAUCACUGUCACUUCUGCUUGAUUUGCAGUUUGACAGACAUUAUCAGAGAAAAUCUACCUUCUUUAUCCA